CAUCCUACUAAAAGUUCAUUUAAAGGGGAACAACUCUUGACUUCAUUUUGGCUGAUUAUGUCUAUUUGUCCCUGUAGGUUUCAACGAUGGACAAGGUGCAGAGAAAACCAUCGCUUCUGACGCUGUACUCCGUCCUGAAGGACUUCAGGGGGGAACAUACGGACUUUGAGGCCCUCGCCUCUUAUUACGAACAUCACUACCGGGUCGAAUUCGGCGAGAACAUCGUCCUAAAGCACUUCCUUCUUACGUGCGAAGUGGACCCGAGGAUGAGGGCCAAGGAGAACAUUAUCCUGUACUGGAAAAUGCUCAACUCACUGGAAGUGAUCAAGAGGGAAUAUGCCGCCCUCAGGAAGUCUGCCAAGCUGCCUCCUGUAAGUGUCACUAGUAUUAUUAUGGGAGAGGUUAUUUUCACUGUGUGUCUCUAUAAUAAUCAAGAACAUUAUUAUUCAUUGUAUCUGCCCUGGGGUCAUCUAAAGUCACCCAUCCAAGUGCCAUUUUCACCAGCAACAAAAAUGGGUUUAUGCACAGACACUGAUCAUCCAACUCGAGUCCAAAACCGGAGGCAGCAACUCGAGUAUCUGCGGCUGGAGAAUACCAUCAACCAACACCUUAACCAGCUGCACAACGAGUUUGUGAGAGAGCAGAAGCUACAGGAAGCUGCUGGUAAGAAACAAAGUCCUGCAGCUGAAGAAGAGGAGGAGGAUGGAGCCCCUGCAGCAGCAGCAGAAGAGGAAGCCCUUGCCUCAGAAGAGAAUGAAGAGGAAGCAGAAGGAGCUCCAGCAGAAGACCAUCAAGCCCCUGCAGUGGAGGAGAAGAUGAUGGAGGAGCAAGCUCCUGCAGAGGAAGACAAGGAAGAAGACGCUCCUGGAGCAGAAGAAGAGGAAGCUCCAACAAAUGAAGAAGAAAAAGAAGAGGAAAGCGCUCCCGCUGAAGAACAGCAAAAUUCCACUCAAAGACUCACCUGCUGCUGCCGACCCAACACCAUGGCCUAA